AUGGCCUUCAAGUUUUACCAAUAUCUGUUUUUACUGCUGCUAUUCAUUUCCAUUGAAAGAAGUGAAUCGGCUGGGAACGAUUCAGGAGAGCAGGGAAGCAGUUCAUCAGGUGAUUCUGUUCCUUCGUUCUCGUACGAAAUAAACAAUUUCCUCAUUUACACCAUAUCGAAGGAGAAAAAGAGUGAUGACGGUGAAGGUAACGAUUCUCCUAUAGCAUCUGUCGUGAAGAAAAUUUUGGAAGAUUCAGGAGCACAUAAUGUGGAAGUAAACAAACGCAUUUUGAACGUUUUUAAGAAAAAGAUAUCAAUCCUCCAUACAGCGUUCAAGCGGGCAAGCAAAUCAGGCGGAAAAGCCCUGAAGAAAUUAGUUAACGGGUGGAAAUUUGGACCAAAUUAUAAAUUAAAAGUGUUCUACAACGAAGUUGACGUUUUGAAAUUAAAGGGUGAUUGCGAUCGGCUGAGAGGUGAGAAAAGAGCACUCGAGGAGUGCGUGACUGAGCAAGCAGCUAAACGGAUUUGCCUUGAAGAGAAAUUGAAAACUGCCCUGGAAAAGUCACAGAAGAAAGACGAAGAGAGCAAGACACGAUUUAAACGUUUGGCGAAAAAGGUUGCAGACAUGUGCUUGGAAAAAAGGUCAAGAGGCCCAGCAAAGAAAAAAUCUUUUCGGCAGUACACCCGACAACAUCAGGCACGUGUCAAAAAACAGUUGAAGGAACAAUGUCACACAACCCUGUCAUUCCUUGGUUUAUAUAAUUAUGUUGCCACCAAGGUAGAUGUCUUCAAUGAGGACACUGGUAAGUUAGAGACUUUUAGUCUUCUUGAAGAAGGGGAACUUCCUUUUAUUGAUAGUACAGAAAAGGAAAUGACAGACAAAGAGUUAGAUGACCUUAAUAUGUGGAUGUAUUUAAAAGACAACUUUAAUAUCUCCAAUGAAGCCUGGCGUGAGUUUUCAGUCAAGGCAAAAGAUAUGCCAAAACUGUCUCAGAUAACAAAACGGAUAAAUGAGUUAAAUACUUCAUGGAAUUUGAGUUGCACUCCGGGUGAAGCAGAAGGUGUUCAAGUGAAAUUUGAAGACAGCCUUCGAAAACAGUUAACAAGACUAGACUUGAAAGAGAACACAAUUAAGGUAAAGCUCAGUGGGGAUGGAACACAAAUAGGAAAGAGGUUGAAAAUAGUGAACUUUACUUACACUAUAUUAAAUGAGAAAGAUUUAGCCAUGGGUGAAAAAGGGAAUUACAUUUUGGCAAUAAUUAAAACAACUGAAAGCUAUGAAAAUUUACAAGAGAGUCUCUCUGAUCUCAGGAAUGAGAUGGAAUUGCUUAAGAUAAUUACUGUAAAUAAUUGUAAAUAUAAUAUCGAGUAUUUCCUUGGUGGAGACUGGAAGUUUCUGGCUUGUGUUUGUGGCCUGGGGGCUGCAAACCAAGACUAUGCUUGCAUAUGGUGUAAGUGCCCCAGGCUACAGAGGUGGGAUACAAAUAAGCAAUGGUCUAUGACUGAUCUUAGUCUAGGGGCACGAAACCUAGCACAAAUAAGUCAGUGUGCAAAAUCAAAACAGUUCAAUUGCAAAAAUAAUCCUUUGUUCCCAUUUAUUCCUCUUGAUCAUGUAGUCAUUGAUACUUUACAUCUGUUCUUACGAAUUUCUGACAAUUUAAUUGAACUUCUGAUCAGACAAUUAAGAAGACUAGAUAGCAUUGAGAAAAAGGUAACAUUUACAGAUGGAUUUCCAAGAGAUAAAUAUAAAUAUAUGGCAGGUUAUGAAAUGCUCCUUAACAACCUGGGAGUUUCAUUUCAGUGGCACAUUGGGAAAGAAAGCAAGAAAUUAGAGUACAGAGACCUGACUGGUCCUGAGAAGUUGAAAUUGUUUCAAUAUAUACAAAUAUCAACGAUUCUUCCUACUUGUGAAAACAGUGCCCAAAUUCAAAAGCUAUGGGCUGAUUUCAUAGAUAUUAUUGGUGAUUUAAAGCUUGAUUUUCAUUCUAAUGAUGAAGUUAUGCAUUUCAAAGGCAAAAUUGGGGAUUGGUUAGGUAACUUUCUUGAGUUAUACCAAACUAAGGAUGUCACCCCUUACAUGCAUGCCCUUUAUGCCCAUGUUCCAGAAUUCCUUAAUCUAUACACAAACAUCGCCCACUAUACUCAGCAAGGUAUGGAGAAGUACAACGAUAGGGCAUCAAAGGAUUACUUUCGAUCUACCAACCACAGGGGAAUUGCUGCACUCAAACAAUUAUUUCUGAAGAAAAAUAGAAUACAAUACCUAGAGGCAGCUGGGUAUUCCAGGGUCAAAAACAGCUACAAGUGUUCCAACUGCUCAAACAUUGGGCACACCAUUAAGACAUGUACAUCACAUUGUAUACAUUGCCAGCAUCCUACAUUCUGCUCGCAUCUUGUUAAAAUUAAUGGGAAAUGGACCCCAAAAUGUAUGUAG